GUCGGAGGAGGUUACAUCAACGGGACAGCUGAAGCAGUGUAUGUACCAGAUUAUGGUCUAGCUUGGGCUCAGGCACCAAUUGGAUAUUCUCUUAGUCUGAUUUUAGGUGGUUUGUUCUUUGCAAAGCCUAUGCGUUCCAAGGGAUAUGUGACCAUGUUAGACCCAUUUCAGCAGAUCUAUGGAAAACGCAUGGGUGGGCUCCUAUUUAUUCCUGCGCUAAUGGGAGAAAUGUUUUGGGCUGCAGCCAUUUUCUCUGCCUUAGGUAUCUAUGUAGGUUUCUCUCCAUCUCUUCUUACAAAUGAAGAUAAAAGGCUUCGGUCUACAGCUAGACCACAAUGGAUGAGCAUCCCUUUCGCCCUGUCGCAUUCUGCAGUCACCGACAUUGGGUACACUGCUCUGCAUGCCAAAUACCAAAAGCCUUGGCUGGGGACCAUUGAAUCAUUUGAAGUCUACACUUGGCUUGAUAGUUUUCUGCUGUUGUGGAUGAGCAUCCCUUUCGCCCUGUCGCAUUCUGCAGUCACCGACAUUGGGUACACUGCUCUGCAUGCCAAAUACCAAAAGCCUUGGCUGGGGACCAUUGAAUCAUUUGAAGUCUACACUUGGCUUGAUAGUUUUCUGCUGUUGAUGCUGGGUGGAAUACCAUGGCAAGCCUACUUCCAGAGGGUCCUCUCUUCAUCCUCAGCCACCUAUGCUCAAGUGUUGUCUUUCCUGGCAGCUUUUGGGUGCCUGGUGAUGGCUCUACCACCCAUACUCAUUGGGGCCAUUGGAGCAUCAACAGACUGGAACCAGACUUCAUACAGGCCCCUCGAUCCCAAGGGCAACAACCAAACGGACAUGAUUUUACCAAUUGUGCUGAAGUACCUCUGCCCUGUGUACGUCUCCUACUUCGGUCUCGGUGCAGUUUCUGCUGCCGUUAUGUCAUCAGCAGACUCUUCGAUCUUGUCAGCAAGUUCCAUGUUUGCCCGGAAUAUCUACCAGCUUUCAUUCAGACAAAAUGCAUCAGACAAGGAAAUCAUCUGGGUCAUGCGAAUCACCGUGUUAGUGUUUGGAGCUUCGGCCACAGCCAUGGCCUUACUAACCAAGACCGUGUAUGGGCUCUGGUACCUCAGCUCAGACCUUGUUUACAUCAUCAUCUUCCCCCAGCUGCUCUGUGUGCUCUUCAUCAAGGGAACCAACACAUACGGGGCUGUGGCAGGUUACGUGUCUGGCCUUUUCCUGAGAAUAACCGGCGGGGAGCCAUAUCUGUACCUGCAGCCCUUGAUCUUUUACCCUGGUUAUUACUCUGAUAAGAAUGGCAUAUAUAAUCAGAGAUUCCCAUUUAAAACCCUUUCCAUGGUUACCUCGUUCUUAUCCAACAUUUGCAUCUCCUAUCUAGCUAAAUACCUGUUUGAAAGUGGAACCUUGCCACCCAAAUUAGAUGUGUUUGAUGCUGUUGUUGCAAGGCACAGUGAAGAAAACAUGGAUAAGACAAUUCUGGUCAAAAAUGAAAAUAUUAAAUUGGAUGAACUUGCGCCUGUGAAGCCCCGGCAGAGCGUAACUCUCAGCUCCACUUUUACCAAUAAGGAGGGCUUCGUCAACAUCGACUCCAGCCCAGAAGGGUCUGGGACUGAAGAUAACUCAUAAUGACCCCAUCCAAAUAAAAUACUGCUUUCACAAACAGAGGGCCACAGCAGGCUAGUCUGGGAAGGAUGGGUUGCAGCAUAAAAAAAUAUAUAUACUUUAAAAACAAAUAGCAUUCAGGAAGAUAGAAGUCCAUAUAAAAGUGCAAUUGCUCAAAUGCAAGCCAAGCUAGAAGGAAGCAUCUGUGAAAGCAACAACUUGCUUUCUCAUCGAUAUUUCUCAUCCUUGUUUGAUUCUGACUUUAGCGAGUUUUAAGUAUUCAAAAUUGAAUUAAGCCCCGUUCAAAGAACAGAGGGCCAAACAGAGUAUUUAUCUUUAUUCUGAAAAAAAGAAGUAGAUACAAAAGAGCCAAGGAGAUUAGGUGGACUUGAUCCAGAUCUUGUCCGCUAAUGCACUAGUGGGUAUGGUUUAUUGUCACAGUGAAGUCAGGAGAGGAACUUGCUAUCACUCCAAUGAAUGGUGCAACAAAUUAACCACUGAUUGUCCUGAUGUGAUGAUUAAUCCCUUCUUUCAUGUUCUUAAGUAGAACAUUAGCUGGAUAUGAAAUUCGUUUCACUUUUUGUAGUGGCACGUAUUAUUCUGAGCACAGACACACACACAAAAUAUUGUUUUGUGUCAUUUCUUUAGGUACAAGGUAAUAGGAAAGUAGAACCCAUCUUUGUAGGGGAGCACUGGUUCCUUUGAGUGUGUCUAACAGCUACCAUACACAUUGAGACACGUACCUGGAGGAUGGAAGUCAUGAUUAUUAGGCAACCUUAAAGCAAUAAAUCCAGAAGGCCAUUAAGCAGAAAGUGAAAGGAAGAAGAAUGGGUUUUUACCUUCAUCUGAAAUUUAUAUAGUUUUGCUUCAUGGUAAAAGAACCAACGUCUUGGCUUCCUAUCUAAAGUGGUACUGGAAGUGAGACUGAACCAUGUACAGGUGAGGUAGUGGCACAGCACCAAUGAAGGUUAAUGAGAGAUGGACAGCACCUCCUGACAAAACUGGAAAAACAAAACCUUCCCAGUUUUGGACAUUCAUUCACAAGGAUGAUUUAGUGUCAAAAGAGUGCCUCUGUGGCACUUUUUGCAAAAGCCAGUCUUAGGUACUAGACAAAUCACCACUACAGAGAGUAGAUAGUGACUUUUAAAAUGCAGAAGGAAGCAGAAAGUAAAAAUAAGUCCUAAAGGGAAAAAGCCAUCAAUUUUCACAUUUGGUGUCUACAUAACUUUCAUGA